AGAGAAUAUAACAUUAGACAAAAUCAGUUUUUGAGAACCCCAAUCAAAUCUGUCAUGGACAUCAUUGUCAAUAUCAUAGACAAAAGGCACUCACAAUUUCAGGCAAUUCUGCCAAAUAAAAGGUAACAAGGAAUGCAUAUUACCAUACCCCUUAAUUAAGCAACAGCUAUAAUCAGCAUACCCAACUUUCAAAAGAGCACUUAAAUAUAUUGAUAAAGAAAAGCUCUCCAGAGAUCAUGGUUUUCUAGUGUUCUACCAAACCAAACCAGUUUCUAUUACCUUGAAAGAGUUCUCACAGUAACAAUGGCAUCAAACCAAAACUUCAGAGAUCUUCAGUGGGUUCUGCAUGCAAUCAAAUCUGAAACACUCAACCUUCAUAACAUCUCAUUCUACCUUUCUCAACCAACUUCAGGUUGUUUCCAAGAAACAGAAAACUCUAUGAAUAUAAACAUUUCCAAGGACAGCCUCCUAUACUUCCUUCACCUCCUCACAGUAUUAGGAACAGCCAAAAACAUCCAAUCAUCUCUGAGAAACUUAGAGUUCCACCAGGUUGAAUGGGAAUUACAACAACUACUAAAUCUAGGCGUGUUGCUUGAGAAUAGCACAAAUAUUAAGCAACUUGUGUUUCGAAGAAACAGAUUCAAUACAGAAUGUUUGUCAGAGUUUUCUGAUGUUCUAAAGAGAAAUAAUGUGAUCAAAGAGAUCACAUUUUCAGAAUCUGCUAUUGGCUAUGUUGGAGCUGGCAUUCUUUCUUCUGCACUUAAGGUGAAUGAUAGCUUAGAAGAGUUGCAAAUAUGGGAAGACUCAAUUGGGUCAAAAGGGGCAGAGGAGCUCUCAAAGAUGAUCGAAGGAAACUCAACACUCAAACUGUUGACAAUUUUCGACUCAAGUUCAAUCACAGCAACCCCACUUAUUUCUGCAGUUUUAGCAAGGAACAGGACUAUGGAAGUUCAUAUUUGGAGUGGAGAAAAUGGAGAAAAGAUUUCAAAGGUUGUUGAGUUUUCACCUGAAAACAGCACACUUCGAAUUUACAGACUUAACAUUUCAGGUGCUUGUAGAGUUGCUUGUGCUCUUGGGUGUAACUCAACUGUCAAGUCACUUGACAUGACUGGAGUCCGGCUAAAAUCCAAGUGGGCUAAGGAGUUUCGAUGGGUUUUAGAACAGAAUAAGAGUCUUAAAGAGGUAAACUUAUCAAAAACUUGCCUCAAAGACAAGGGAGUUGUAUAUGUUGCAGCUGGGCUCUUCAAGAACCAGAGUUUGGAAAGCCUGUAUCUUGAUGGAAACUGGUUCAGUGGAAUAGGUGUGGAACAUCUACUCUGCCCUUUGAGCAGGUUUUCUGCCCUGCAAUACCAAGCCAACAUUACUCUGAAGGCUGUCACUUUUGGAGGUGGGAGUACUAAAAUCGGAAGGGAUGGGCUUGCAGCCAUUUUACAGAUGCUGACAAGCAAUGAAAGUGUGACCCGUCUAGGAAUAUACGAUGAUGAGAGUUUGAGACCAGAUGAUAUUGUCAAAAUAUUCAAGAGCUUGGAGAGGAAUGCCACUUUGAGACACUUAUCUCUACAGGGGUGCAAAGGGGUUCAAGGAGAGUUGGUACUUCAGACAAUUACAGAGACAUUACAGGUCAAUCCUUGGAUUGAAGACAUUGAUCUAUCAAGGACACCGCUGCAAAAUUCAGGAAAGACUGAUGGAAUUUAUAAAAGAUUGGGCCAGAAUGGGAAGAGUGAACCAGAUAUGGAUUUGCUAAAGGACAUGCCACUUACAGUGCCAAAAAGCUGUAGAGUUUUCUUCUGUGGGCAAGAAUAUGCAGGUAAGUCUACACUGUGUAACUCUAUAUCACAAAACUUCUCUUCUUCAAAGGUACCAUACCUGGACCAAGUUAGAACUUUUGUCAACCCAGUUGAACAAGCUAUUAGAACAAAUGGAAUGAAGAUAAGAACUUUCAAAGAUGAGGACACAAAGAUUUCAAUAUGGAACCUUGCUGGUCAGCAUGAGUUUUAUUCCCUCCAUGACCUCAUGUUUCCAGGGCAUGGGAGUGCAUCAUUCUUCUUGAUCAUAUCCAGUUUAUUCCGGAAGCCCAGCAACAGAGAACCAAAGACCCCGGCAGAAAUAGAAGAAGACCUUCAGUAUUGGCUCAGGUUCAUAGUUUCGAACUCUAGAAGAGCAGUCCAACAAUGUAUGCUACCAAAUGUAACUAUAGUUCUCACACACUAUGACAAAAUCAAUCAACCAUCACAAAACUUGCAGGCUACUGUAAAUUCAAUUCAGAGACUGCGAGACAAGUUCCAGGGGUUUGUUGACUUCUAUCCAACUGUAUUCACAAUUGAUGCAAGAUCGUCUGCAUCAGUCAGUAAACUCACACAUCACCUUCGGAAAACAAGCAAGACAAUUCUCCAAAGAGUCCCUCGGGUUUAUCAACUUUGCAAUGACCUGAUACAAAUUUUAUCAGACUGGAGAUCAGAGAACUUCAAUAAGCCAGCAAUGAAGUUGAAAGAGUUCGGUGAGCUAUGCCAAGUCAAGGUUCCACCAUUAAGAAUUCGAUCAAGACACGAUAAUAGAGAGAAGGUGGAAAUGAGAAGGCGGGCUGUUGCUACUUGUCUUCAUAAUAUAGGUGAGGUCAUUUAUUUCGAUGAUCCGGGGUUUCUAAUCUUAGAUUGUGAAUGGUUUUGCGGUGAAGUACUUGGCCAACUAAUAAGAUUAGAUGUUAGAAGGCAAAGCUCCACAGAGAAUAAUGGAUUCAUUAGUAGGAAAGAAUUGGAAAAGAUUCUAAGAGGAAGUUUACAAAGCCAGAUUCCUGGAAUGGGUUCAAAGGUAUUUGAGAACUUAGAUGCAAGUGACCUUGUGAGGAUGAUGCUGAAACUUGAACUCUGCUAUGAAAAAGAUCCAUCAAACCCAAAUUCCCUAUUAUUGAUCCCUUCAAUUCUGGAAGAAGGCAGAGGAAAGCCACAAAGAUGGCAGUUAAGCACACCUGACUGCCUUUAUGCAGGAAGGCAUCUUGAGUGUGAUGAUUCAAGCCACACGUUUCUCACACCAGGUUUCUUUCCUCGUUUGCAGGUGCAUCUCCACAACAGAAUUAUAGGGUUACAUAACCAACACGGAGCAACUUACAGUCUUGAGAAGCACCUCAUCUCGAUAAACAUCAAUGGAAUCUAUAUCAGAAUAGAGCUUGGAGGACAGUUGGGUUACUACAUUGAUGUCCUCGCUUGCUCAACCAAGAACCUGACAGAAACCCUUAGACUCAUCCAGCAGCUCAUAAUCCCGGCAAUCCAUAGCUUCUGCAAUGGGAUCACCUUGAUUGAAAAUGUCCUGCGGCCAGAAUGUGUGCAAAACCUGACACCCCCAAGAUAUAGGAAAACCCAACUUGUGUCUCUGCAACAAUUGAAACAGGCACUGCUCUCAGUUUCAGCAGAGAGUAUGUAUGAUUAUCAACACACCUGGAGUCCAGUAUCGGAUUCUGGCAGACCUAUUCUAAGAUCUGGGUUUGAUCUUGCCAGAGACCUACUAUCAGAUGAUGACUUUCGGGAAGUUCUGCAUCGAAGAUAUCAUGACCUAUACAACCUUGCUGUGGAAUUGCAAGUCCCACCUGAGGACAACUCAGAUGGACCAGAUCAGUCUUUAUCCACAAGUAAUGAACCCGACAAAGUUGAUCCAACUUUUGGUGGUAUUGCCAAGGGUGUGGAAGCAGUUCUGCAGAGACUGAAGAUCAUUGAACAAGAAAUCAGAGAUUUGAAACAGGAGAUCCAAGGGCUGAGAUAUUAUGAACACAGACUCCUCAUCGAGCUUCAUCGCAAAGUGAACUACCUAGUGAACUACAAUGUCCAACUUGAAGAGAGGAAAGUACCCAACAUGUUCUUUUUUGUAAGAACAGAAAACUACACGAGGAGAUUGGUCACAAACAUGAUAUCUGGGAUGAAUGCACUCCGGCUUCACAUGCUCUGUGAGUACCGGCAAGAAAUGCAUGUUGUUGAAGAUCAGAUGGGCUGUGAAAUGAUGCAAGUUGAUAACAGGGCUGUUCAAUGUUUGGCUCCAUACAUGAAGAAGUUUAUGAAAUUGUUAACAUUUGCUCUUAAGAUAGGAGCUCAUCUAGCAGCCGGGAUGGGAGAAAUGAUACCCGAUUUGAGCAGGGAAGUUGCCCACCUAAGCGGCUCUUCCCUUCUUUAUGGGGCAGGAGGAGCAGUUGCCGCAGGUGCUGUGGGGGCUGCAGCUAUGGGACGGAGCAGAAGUAGGGCUGUAGAAGGCUCUAGGGAUAUUCAGCAAGAUCUAAAAACAGCACAGCAAUGGGUUGUGGAUUUUCUGAGGCAGCGGAGGUGCUCAAGUGGAAAGGAUAUUGCAGAAAAGUUUGGAUUAUUUAGAGUGAGAUACAGGGACAGUGGCCAGAUUGCAUGGAUCUGUAGGAGGCAUAUGAGCAUCAGAGCAAAUGAAAUAAUUGAAGUGCCUAUUUGAAAUUUAUAAGAUUGGGAAAUAGAAUUGCUUUUUUAUUAUUAUUAUUAUUAUUAUCUAUCUUGUUCUCUUUUCAAAGUAUGUCAGAUUGUAGAAGUGCUUCAAUGCAUUUUAAUGCUUAUGGAUCUUGCUUUGCAGUUGCUAACUUUCACAUUCGGAAGCUCGUUAACGCCAUUUGAAGAUAACACAA